CUUGCUUUGGUCUUGCUCUGCUCGCAAUCUUUACGCUGGAACUUGUUUUGUAUGACCUGAACCUGAGUGAGUCACCGAAAGGUCGUUCUGCAUGCGACUCUGACCCAACCGCCAUCUGGUGUUUACUCUCCGUCCUUUGGUCUCGCCACACUCUUCCUUGACAUCUGAGAUCUGAACCUGAGUGGCACCGCGAACUGCGCAACUGUGAUCCAGUCUUCGUGCUCGUCGACCAUGGGGAACGCUCAAUCGCUCACGCGCACGACCGGUGCGCUUGACUCCUUCGUAGCUGAACUGGGAGCGGACAUCGUAUACGAAGGAAGUAUGGGAUCUGCACGCUUCUUGAAGACCGUGAAGUGUCGGCAUCGGAACGGUUAUCUGGUAGUCAAGAUCUUCGUCAAGCCGGACCCUGGCUUGAGUUUGAGGAAGCAACAUCGAAGGUUGAGAGUUGAGCGAGAGGCGCUGGUGGACAUACCGAAUGUGUACAGCUAUCAGGCGUUCGUGGAGACGGACAAGGCUGGGUACAUUAUCCGUCAGUGGAUUGCGAGCAGUUUGUAUGACCGGAUCAGCACUCGCCCAUUCCUGAGUAUGAUCGACAAAAAGUGGAUCGCGUUCCAGCUACUGAACGCUCUCCGCGAUGCACGCAACCGGAAGGUCUCGCAUGGCGACAUCAAGUCAGAGAACAUCCUCGUGACAUCAUGGAACUGGGUCUACCUAUCCGACUUUGCCUCCUACAAGCCGACGUACCUGCCUCUCGACGACCCGUCAGAUUUCUCGUUCUUCUUCGACACCUCCGGUCGCAGGACGUGCUACAUCGCACCUGAGCGAUUCUACACUGCUGCGGAUAACCCUGAUAUCAGCGCAAAGAAGUUUCGGCUGGCCACAGACGAUGGCGAAGGCAGGCGGGACGGAAAAGUGACGGAAGCGAUGGACUGCUUCAGCGCCGGAUGUGUUAUCGCUGAACUAUUCUUGGAGGGCGCGCCGCUCUUCACGUUGAGCCAGCUGUUUAAAUAUCGUGAAGGGGAGUUGAAUGUUGAUGCGCAAUUGAGUGCUAUCGAGGACGAGGGUGUCCGAAAUCUUAUCAAGCAGAUGAUCGCAGUUGACCCUUCCACAAGGCCGACUUUCGAUUCCCUGCUGCACAUGUCGCGCGGGACAGUGUUCCCUGAGUCGUUCUAUUCGUUUUUCCACAACUACGUUCAAUCGAUCAACGAGCUGUCGUCAACGUCUGCGUUCGCCCUUGCCUCUCCGACGCUACACGCCAUCACACCAUCGGUAUCUACGAGCGCCACCGUGAAGAGCUCACCUACCGUCGCGUCUGCCUCCGGCACCCUCGCAGGCGACGCGUCCAACGAACCGUUCCCGAGCGAUUCAGACCGGAGGAUGGAGAGGAUAUGGAUGGAUUUUGAUAGCGUGGAGCCAUUUUUGACCAUAGAUGAUGCAGGCGAGACGACCGUAACUGACGUAAGGAAGGAGUUUUCGACAUCUUCGGGACCUUCGAAGCCACUCCAGGACGUCCUGCCCGUGGAGUUGUGCCUACCGAAUCGAGUCAGUGAGAUUCAGGGAUCUCACAAGCGUGCCCCAGCUGAAGACGGCCCUGCCCUGAUCGUCCUCGCCCUCAUUUGCGCCAAUAUCAGGAACUGCACAUUGCCAAGCUCGAAAGUGCGAGCGCUGGAUGUGCUACUCGCGUUGUCGCUAUACCUCACGGACGAAGCGAAGCUCGAUCGGGUAGUGCCAUAUGUGGUCGAUUUGCUACACGACGAUGCCGCCAUCGUCCGCGCAUCUGCGUUGCGCACUCUCAUGCAGCUUCUAAUGUUGGUCACGGUGAUCACGCCCUCAAAUGCAGCGAUUUUUCCGGAAUACAUCAUACCGGCCAUUUCGCACCUAGUCCGCGACCCAGAGGUCUUGGUGCGGUGCAUGUACGCGCAAUGUAUCGCGUCCCUUGCGGAUACUGCGGUGCGGUAUCUGGAGAUGGGCCAGGCGCUGAAAGCGCACGGGUCAUACAAGUUGUCUCCCGAUACGCAGGAAUAUGAUGAGGCUCACUUCGAGGUAUCUUAUGACGCUAGCAUGCAAGAACUCCACAAUAGCAUUCAAGAGCACCUCUCCACGCUGCUCAUCGAUCCCUCCAGUGUCGUCAAGCGUGCUGUUCUGCACAACAUCUCGUCGCUCUGCGUAUUCCUUGGGCGGCAGAAAACGAACGACGUCCUGCUCAGUCACAUGAUCACCUACAUGAAUGACUCGGAUUGGUCGCUCCGCUACGCGUUUUUUGACUGCAUCGUCGACGUCGCUGCCUGCGCGGGUGGGAGGAGCUUGGAGGAGUACAUCUUUCCUUUGAUGAUUCAGUCUUUGUCUGACGCAGAGGGCACUGUGGUCGCGAGGGUGCUUGCGUCGCUGACAAGUCUUUGCGAAUUGGGGCUGUUUCAGAAGAUGCGGAUAUGGGAGCUUAUGAGCGCGACUCUCGGCUUCCUGUAUCAUCCGGACGUGUGGAUACGUCAAGGUGCCGCAGCCUUCAUCGCGUCAGCCGCAAAGCACUUACCGCCUGGUGACGUCUGGUGUGUCCUCUACCCGUCCUUGAAACACUUCCUUCGUUCGGACGUGCGGGACGUGGAUGAGCGUAGCCUCUUGAUCGCGUUGAAGCCUCCGCUGUCUAGACAAAUCUUCGACGCAGCGGUGCAGUGGGCGAUGAAGUCCGAGAAGUCAACUUUCUGGAGGACUUAUCGCGGUGCAAAACCUGAUUCUCCACGAGACAGCCUUGCAGCCGUACGACCGGCAGGAGCGGUCAGUUCGAGAGCAAGGACAGAAGAAGACGAGGCUCAGCUUACCAAGUUACAGCAUCUCGGCAUGACGCCAAGUGAGGAGAGCAAAUUGUUGGCAAUGCGCGAUUAUAUUCACAAGCUGGCACGAAAUACAUCGAGCUUCACGACGCGUGGCAGUACUGAUGUGGAAUCGGAGAAUCUGAGAACUACCAGUGGGAUCGAGCUGCAGAAGCUAGGGGUAGUGCCACAGACUGUCUUUUUGAAAGCUCGGCGAUCGGUCUCAGCUCGCAGAUCGCAGUCCGACUUGUCGCAGGGGUCUCCAAUGCCUGGGACGCCUCGCUCAGGAAGGACGUUCAGCAUGGAUCACGGUAUUACCAGCGGCGCCCCCUUCGAAGACCUACGCCGGCGUCUUGCCAUCAUCAACGGGUCGGCUUCCUCACUCACAAUUCAAAGUUCGCGAGAUUCGCGCAGCCCCGUGCUGUCGCAAGGAGACCCACCAUCCUCCGCUCCUAUCGACGUGCCGAAUGCCUUCCCUCGUUCAGGCAGCCCGACCGAGUCCAUAGUCUCGAUGACGAACCCAUCAGCGUCAAGACCUAUGCGGAUUGGGAGUAUCGACGGACAGAAGGCCGCGCCUGCUGUUGGCUCAUCGAGGGCGAAUGCCACCGGCCUGCUGGAUGUGCAUGCGUAUGCACACUCGGAUGCAUCUGAGGAAAGGUCUGGGAGGACAUCGCCUCAUUCGCCGGCCGGUACGAUCCGUGCGCAGGAAAGGAUUCGCCCACCGUCCUUGGCUCCGAUAUCGACCUAUGACGGACACGAGCCGGGGAUCAAUAGCCUACUCGAGCACCUCUAUUUGGACAAUACUCGUGAGCUGCAGAAUGACUUUGGCCCGCAUGUGCACGAGGGUCCUGUACGGCGUCGCAACGCAGCGCGACAUAGCUACGUCGCUAGAGAUGGAAGCUCUCGUCGGCCGGAGACAAUGCUCAUUACGCAUCUUAGCUCGCAUUCAGACGCUAUCACAGGCUUGGCUGUGUCGCCGGACCACAUGUUUUUCGUGUCCUCGUCCGACGACAAGACGGUCAAGAUCUGGGACACGGCGCGCUUGGAACGGAAUGUGACAAGCAAGCCCAGGCAUACUUAUGGGCAGCAUCACGCGAAGGUUAAGUGCGUGUGUACGAUCGAGGGUGUGCAUUGUUUCGCCAGCGCUGCCGAUGAUGGGAGCUUGCACGUCGUUCGGGUGCGUGUCAGUCAGACUGGGACGUUGCCGAAGUACGGGAAGUUGCAAGUCAUUCGCGAACAUCGACUGGAACAGGCGGGGGAAUACAUCACUACCAUGACGCACUAUAUGACGGAUACUUCGUCCAAUCUGAUCUAUGCUACCACCCACUGUGUUAUCUCCAUCCUCGAUCUUCGGACAAUGCGUCAAUUACAACAGAUGGAGAACCCGCGCCACUACGGUCCGAUCACCUGCCUAUGUCUAGAUCGCAAACGCACGUGGGUCGUCUGUGGGACUUCGACUGGCGUGCUGUCGCUGUGGGAUAUUCGCUUCGGCAUUCUGAUAAAGAGCUGGAAAGUAGCUGCCGCGGCUAAGAACAAGACUGCCAGGAUAUACCAGUGUGUCGUCCAUCCAGCGAGGGGCAAGGGCAAAUGGAUCAUAGUGGCGAUGGAGACGCUCAAGUCCGUCUCUCGACAGCAUACACUACUCGAGGUUUGGGACAUCGAACGAUCUGUUCUUGUCGAGUCCUUCGUGAAGCGGAAUACCGCAAACGCCUCGGAGGAAACGGAAGAGCCAAGUGAGGUCCCCGCCGACGAAGCUGAAACGAAUCCUGCUGCAGCCAUUGCGGCUCUCGUGCGCUUGCGGCAAGAAAGUGGUGGCUCUGGAGAGUCAUUCGCACGACGAGCGCGACUGUCCGGCGUGCCGGGACUCGACCAGCCUUCCCCGCUAUCACCGGAUGUGCGUGCCGUAGUGGUGGGCACUGAGUUUGGUGGCCAUGCUUUCACGCGUUCUGUGAUAUCAGAACAGCAAAGGGACAGCAGGGGCACUCGUUUAUCAAGUGGACGUGGCUUUCUGCUUAUUGGCUCAGAGGACCGUCGCGCACGAUAUUUGGACCUGGCUCGCGUGGAACGGUCUAUGGUGUUGACCGGUCUCGAAGUCGAAACGGAGAAACCGACAUACAGCACAAUUCGUGCCACAUCGGGCACUGCUUUGGCGCUGGUAGAGACCUGGGUCGCACCAGCGAACUCUGGUCACAGUAAUCGUUCACCGCUACGACUGUCGUUGAUAAACCACAAUCAGCAGAACCUGCUCAAGGGUCAUCAAGAUACGAUUACUGCACUAGCAUGCAUCGACUCACCAUUCAGAGGCGGCGUUAUUAGCGGCGAUCGGGCAGGAGUUCUCAAGGUAUGGCGAGUAGAAGGAUUGGACAAUUCAUGAAGGACUGUUUGUGGUUAGGAUAUUGUAUUAUAAGGAGUGUUUGCUUGAUCAGUUUGCUACUUCCCCGAUGAUCGACCUGAGCACGACUACAAUGCAUUGGU